CCGAGACUCCGGUCGAGUCGCAGGACGACAAACGCGAACCAAGUGGAAACACUCCCGAUAGUGAGCGGCCGCAUUUCAAACACGGAAAAUGGCGCUACGUCAUGGUCGUAGCGGCCGGUUUCCUGGUGAUGUUCACCACCUGCGCGCUCAUCUUCACUUUCGGAGUAUGGCAGUCACUCUAUGAAGAAAUGGCCGCGCAACCAAAUACACCAUUUACCGGGAAUUCCACGGCACUCAUCAACUUGAUCGGUACUAGUAUGACCUACGUACCGACAAUGGCCGUCGCACCGACAUGGUUCGAUAAACGGCGCGGACUGGCAAUGGGUGUGAUUAUCUCCGGCACCGGUGUAGGAGGAAUGGUCUGGCCACCGGUCCUAAGUGCUAUCAUCGACAGCAUUGGAUUCAGAAAUGCAUUGAGGAUUGCGGGUUGCGUUUCCGUAACUCUAGUAUCGCUUGCCGGAUACAGCUUGGGAUGGGAGCCAGACUUCGAAAACCAAGUCCGCGUCCAGACACAGGGUAUGAGUCGGGUUAAUGGAUGGAUGAAGAUUCCGCUUAUAAACUGGCGUGUCGCGCGCACGAAACGAUUCGUCGCUCAGGGGUCAGGGUGUUUCUUGCAAUCGGCAGGAUAUUCGACGCCUCUGUUCUUCUACGCGGCGUACGCCAGGGCACUUGGGUAUAGCAAUACAACGGCCACGAACUUCAUCACUGUCAGCAAUGCGUCGAAUUUUGUAUCCAGGAUCAUUAUCGGAUACGGUGCUGAUAAAUACGGACGGAUUAAUGCCUUGGCUUUUACGACAUUGCUGAGCGCCGUCGCGGUAUUUGGAUUCUGGCUUCCGUCCAUGUUCAAGGAUUCGACUAUCUCGGGAUCCAGUGCGGACGGAAUGUUUAUUACAUUCACGGUUCUGUAUGGUGCAUUUGCGAGCGCAUAUAUAUCGCUAUUUCCAGCCUCUUUGAUCGAACUGUUUGGCGCGCAGAAUUACACCAGCGUCAAUGGUUCCUUGUACCUUAUCCGUGGAAUGGGUGCUUUAAUUGGGACACCACUAACUGGACUGUUGAUUCCGGAAUCAAAGGCUCUGGUUUCGUCUAUUAGCUACGAGCGAGCAGGAAUAACGGUCGGGGUGUUAUUGUUCGCAGCUACCGUGGCAUGUUUUAUCGUAAGGAUUGAAGCUAUGAUGGGAUCACCCUGGCGGUGGAAGAUGUAAUUUAAUAAUCAGCACUAAUGUGAUCAAUAUAGCCACACCUGGAA